GUUUACUUCCGGACUCUGAUUUGGAUUUCGCUCAGAGAGGAGAAGCUGUGGUGGGGUUUAGGCUGACAGUUAGCACAGAGGCUAUACAAAGCUACAUGACAGAGGUGACCAAACUGAACCGCGGCACCUCAGGAGUACAGAGCUCCUCGGCGCCUCGCUCCACACUGGACUGUCUGUGCGCGCCUGUCCCGCUCUCCUCCGCGUGUCUCUGGGCUUCAAACACACUGAAUGCUCUGCUCCCGCGUCCACACACUCCACUGAACUGUAUGUAUUACUGACACUUCAUGUUCCGAGCUAACAGGGGAUCAAAACAAGGGCAUCCGUGCAAAGUUUAAGUGCCACUGGUAGUGACCCGGCCAGGACCCCGGCGGAGGGACGGAAACGGCCCGGGGAGAGGAACGGGACUCCGGGGCAGGCAGCCAGGACCGCGAGGCUGGUGCCGGAUAAACCAGAGGGUCUCCUCCAGCUCCUGGUGGAUUUAUUCCCUGCCAGCUAGCGUUAGCUCCGCUAACUCAUCACAACACCAUGGAUUGGCUGAUGGGGAAGUCAAAGACGAAGCCAAAUGGGAAGAAGCCUCCAGCGGAAGAGAAGAAGCUGUACCUGGAGCCGGACUACACCAAGAUCCGAGUGGUGGACUUUGACCUCAAGGAGCUGGUCGUGUUGCCGCGGGAGAUAGACCUCAACGAAUGGCUCGCUAGCAACACAACGACAUUCUUCAACCUUAUCAACCUUCAGUACAGCACCAUCUCCGAGUUCUGCACCGGGGAGUCCUGUCAAGCCAUGACGGCAUGCAGCACAACGUACUACUGGUAUGACGAGAAGGGGAAGAAGACCAAGUGCACUGCUCCUCAAUACGUCGACUUUGUAAUGAGCGCCUGUCAGAAACUGGUCACAGAUGAGGAAAUCUUUCCCACUAAAUAUGGUAAAGAGUUUCCAAACUCAUUUGAGUCGUUGGUGAAGAAGAUCUGCCGGUACCUGUUCCACGUGCUGGCUCACCUCUACUGGGCGCACUUUAAGGAGACAGUGGCUCUGGACCUGCAAGGCCACUUGAACACUCUGUACGCACAUUUCAUCGUUUUUGUAAGGGAAUUCAACCUGGUCGACCCAAAGGAGACCUGUAUCAUGGACGACCUGUCUGAAAUCCUGUGCAGCCCUUUGCCCCCGGCGCCCACACCAGCCCCCUCAGCCCCCGCCUCCGCCCCCUCCCCCUCUUCACAAAACCAUGUGACAGAGAGAUGAGCCCAGCUCUGCGCUUUUGAUAGAGAACGAGAAGACAGUCUGGCCCAGCCUCUGGAGCCAGCAGGACUCAGACCUUCCCUUAUAUCUCGCUACGUCACCACGGCCCUCGCGCUGGGGUGGGCUUUUGAGGCUCGGGGCGGCAGGGAGGGGUUUGUCACGCCAGCAGGAAAUGGCGUGAGCGUUCCUUCCAGGGGCAAAUCCCUCCCAUCUUCUCUGCAAUCUAAACUAGGAACAAAAAAUAUGUGUAUAUUUUAUUUUUGGUUUUGUUUCACUUUUUUGUUGAAGUUUUGCUCUUUAUUUCUCAGUGGGGAGGUAGCCUCCCUGACUCCUCUACCUAACAUACAGUGCAGGGAGCUCUGCUUGGCUAAGACCUACUAUUGUACAGUUGUGUAGAGAGGAGCUUUCCCCUCGUCCUGCAGACUGAUGGCCGCUGCGCUGGCCAAUAGGGAGCCAUGUUACUGCCUAAUGGGGCAAAACUAGCCAAUCACUGUUAAGGUUGUUUAUCUGGAGAUGAUAAAGCGCUUUCUACUCAGGAACAGAACUGAGAAAUGUCACUGCUGCCAGAGAGAGCUCAUACGCCCUGUUUCAUUCAUGUUCUGACGUCACAAUCCUCUGUAGUCUAAUACAGUAGUACUAGUCCCUCUGUUAACUCAGCCCUGAUGUAGAGCCCCUGAGCAGCCUGUAGAGGGCGACAUAGACUGGAGAAUGCUACACAGAGGUAGCAGAGCCAGAAAAGACAGUCUAAGAUUGUGAUUUAGUUAUUUAAUGUGAGAGUUGUUUAUGAGAGCAGCUGAAGCACAGAAAGACAAGGACAUGGUGAUGUCUGCAGGCCGAAGGAGAGGUCAGCCACACUCACAUCCUCCCAGUGCAAAAACACACACCCAGCCCAUGUUUUUAUGUGUCCAGAUUUGUUUUAAAAAAGAUUUUCAGAGAAGAAUUAGUAGAGAAAUAACAAUAAUGGUAUCAUCACAUAUAGAAGAUGCACAGUCUGCUUGGACUUUACUGUACAAAGAAUCUCCAGCGGGUUCUGUCAGCUAUAGCCUCUGUAUGGAGGGGAAUUGGGUUUAUAUAAUUCUCCUUUUAUUUAUUUUAAUUUUGUUUUGCAGGGUUCUUCAGUUCUGGCUCUCGUUUUUAUCUAUUUUAAUUAUUAACUAAGUUAAAAGCAAUUUAAUAUUUUAAGCUCUGCAAAUUAUAAUCUAAUAAAAGAGAGAAAUUCCA